UCCCUCAGAACUCUCCCCCGACAGGACCUCCACAGCCCUCCAUCGCCACCGUCUGCGCCACCGCGACCCCGCCUAGGGUUUUGGUGGUCUCUGCGGCAGAAAGCCGGAACUAUCCAUCUUUCCAAUAUUCAGUUUUAUUUUUCAAUGGCUAAAACUUCGAAUUCCGGCGGCAAGAAUGGGGUUCGUAUCGUGGUAGCUGGCGACCGUGGAACUGGGAAGUCUAGUUUGAUUGUGACUGCAGCUGCUGACAUUUUCCCAACCAAUGUUCCUCCCCUUUUGCCGCCGACACGGCUGCCACAGGAUUUCUACCCUGACGGUGUGCCCAUUACGAUCAUGGACACCUCUUCCAACCCAGAGGAUAGAGGUAAACUAGCUGAGGAGCUGAGGCGUGCUGAUGCAGUAGUUCUUACUUAUGCUUGUGAUAAGCCUGUGUCCCUUCACAGAUUGAGUACUUUCUGGUUGCCAGAACUUCGCCAGUUAGAGGUGAAGGUGCCUGUUAUAGUAGUAGGUUGUAAACUGGAUUUAAGAGAUGAGCAGCAGCAGGUUAGCUUAGAACAGGUGAUGUCACCAAUAAUGCAACAGUUCCGGGAGAUUGAAACAUGUAUUGAAUGUUCUGCAUUUAAGCAUAUUCAGAUACCUGAGGUUUUCUACUAUGCACAAAAAGCCGUGCUUCAUCCAACGGGACCACUGUUUGAUCAGGAAUCACAAACUCUGAAGCCACGCUGUGUGAGAGCAUUGAAGCGCAUCUUCAUCCUCUGUGAUAAUGACAGGGAUGGUGCUCUUAGUGAUGCUGAGUUGAAUGAUUUCCAGGUCAAAUGUUUUAAUGCUCCCUUACAACCUUCGGAAAUAGUGGUUGUUAAGAGGGUUGUCCAAGAAAAUCUGGUUGAAGGGGUCAAUGAGCGUGGCCUUACAUUGACAGGAUUUCUAUUUCUUCAUGCACUGUUUAUAGAAAAAGGACGUCUGGAGACAGCAUGGACCGUCUUGAGGAAAUUUGGAUAUAAUAAUGAUAUUGAGCUUUUAGAUGAGCUAAUUCCAUAUUCUUCACUUAAGCGAGCUCCUGAUCAGGUAAUGGCUGAUGGAAGUAAAAGGCCACUGGAAUACAAUCCAUUCUUGGGUCUGAUUAUAGAUGGUCAACCAUCAUGCAUGAUGAGUGUGGAGCUGACAAAUGAUGCUAUCGAAUUCUUGAAGGGACUUUAUGAAUUGUUUGACGCUGAUUGUGAUAAUAAUCUUCGACCUCAAGAAGUUGAGGACUUCUUUUCUACUGCACCGGAAAGUCCUUGGAAUGAUGCUCCAUAUAAGGAUGCUGCAGAAAAAACUGCACUUGGAGGGAUAUCACUUGAUGCAUUUUUGUCAGAGUGGGCCCUUAUGACACUUGUUGACCCAGCUCGUGCUGUGAAGAACUUGAUAUAUGUUGGGUAUCCUGGUGAUCCUGCUUCUGCCAUCUGUGUUACUAGGAGGAGACAUCUAGACCGCAAGAAGCAACAAUCAGAAAGAAAUGUAUUCCGUUGCUUUGUUUUUGGACCAAAGAAUGCUGGAAAGUCAUCAUUAUUGAAUUCUUUUCUACGAAGGCCAUAUUCUGAUGCUUAUACUUUGAGUGCUGAUGAGUGUUAUGCAGUGAAUGUUGUAGAACUACCAGGGGGAGUAAAGAAAACCCUUGUAUUACAAGAAAUACCCGAAGAUGGAGUUAGAAAACUACUAUCUAAUAAAGAGUCGUUGGCUGCCUGUGAUAUAGCAGUAUUUGUGCAUGACAGUUCUAAUGAGUCUUCCUGGAAGAGAGCAACUGAAUUGCUCGUGGAUGUUGCUACUCAUGCUGAGGACACUGGAUAUGAGGUACCAUGCCUCAUUGUUGCAGCAAAAGAUGAUCUAGAGUCCUUUCCAUUGGCAAUACAGGAUUCUACCAGGGUUAGUCAUAACAUGGGAAUAGAGGCUCCUAUUCCCAUAAGCUCAAAGUUUGGUGAUUUCAGUAACAUAUUCCGGAGGAUUGUGAGUGCAGCUGAGCAUCCUCAUUUGAGGAUUCCUGAGACUGAGGCUGGGAGAAGCCGGAAGCAGUACCAUCGCCUCAUAAACCGCUCUCUUAUGUUCAUUUCAGUUGGAGCUGCAGUGACAAUUGUUGGAUUAGCAGCUUACCGUGUAUAUGCUACAAGAAAGAAUUCCUCCAGUUGAAGCAUGAAGGAUUGUGAUUCUCCAAUAUACCUCUGGUAGUUCCUUCCAUUUUUUUCUAGGAUUCUCCAUUGGGUUAAUGACAUUUUCCUCAUCUGUAGAGAAAUGUGGCAAAUUCAUCAGUUUGCUGUAUCAAGGGUACUAUUGCUUUGAGCUGUAGAAAUUGACUAAGAUGAUACGAUGGAAUGACUUACUGUGCAAUAGAAAAAUUUUGUUGUC